AUGGAGUUGUAUGGCAAGUUUGCGCCAGCGGGGACCGAGGUUUCAGGCAAUCAGUGGAUCAUGCAGCGGGACAAGCAGAUGUAUGGGGAGGAUGCGGAAGAGUCUAAGCUGGAGCGUUGGUUGGGUGCUGAAAAGGCUAAGUUGUAUAAUAAGUAUAGCUUCACAUUUGACUACGGGGCGCGAGUGUGUCUGGGAAAGGAUAUUGCCAUGAUGGAGCUGUACAAAGGGCCCUUACAGUUCUUUCGGCGAUUCAAUGUCCAGACUGUGAGCGACAAACCGCAGACUCGAUUCGUGAUCCAAGAGGUGUUGGUUUCUAUCGCGAUCUAUGGCUGGCAAUUGAUCGUCGCCUUCCAGAAAAAGGCGUUAAGUGACACUACCACUGAUCAGCAAAAACUCGGUUGA